AUGGGCUGCUCCAGCAGCGCCCUCAACAAGGCCGGCGACGGCAACAGGCUCCGCAGCGAAGAAAGCGAGUCCUGCUUUGCCCAACCCAAACCACAUACUCCGGGAAAAGAAUCAUCUACUCUUUAUGGCAAGGUACAAAAGGAAAGUCCUCCUCCGUUAGAGAAGCUCAAGAUUUCAGCAGCAUCUACAGCUAAUGGUGUUAAAUCCCUCCGGGAACAGCCCCUGGCAGACGAUACUACAGACCCACCAGGACCUACAGAAGACGCUCAGCCUUUAGAAGGACCCAGGGAAUCUGAGCCACUUCAGCCGCAUGUCAAAGAUGAUACUCCCGGAGCAGGAGAGAAGAAUGACACGGAAGCAGUGACAGAGGCUCAGUCUUUAAAAGGAAAUGCUGAGACUGAAUCUGCAGGAAGAGAUACGAAGUAUCAGCCGUCGAGGAUCACAGGAGAGAGGGACUCUCCUGGAGCAGUGGAAGGUACUGAGAAUCCACAAACUGCCAGAGAGAUGAAACCUCUAGGAACAGAGGAGGAAGUUCCUCCUCUGGAAGCAGCUAGAGAGCCACAACCUCAAGAAGCAAUGGGAAAGUGUGAACAGACCCAGCUCCCAAAAACAGUUCCCAAGGAGAAUGAAUCUCCAGAAGGAUUGGAAGGGGGUCAGUUUGUGGAAAUGGCUGGAGAGCAGAAACUUCAAGAAACAUUGGGAAAAGAUGAGCAAUCCCAACUUCUAGAAACAAUUCCCAAAGAGAGUGAAUCUCCAGAAACAUUGGAAGGAAGCCAGUUUGUGGAAACAGCUGGAGAGCGGCAACUUCAAGAAACAGUGAUAAAAGAUGAGCAAUCCCAACUUCUAGAAACAAUUCCCAAAGAGAAUGAAACACCAGAAGUAUUGGAGGAAAGUCAGUUUGUGGAAACAGCUGUAAACAAUGAUUUGCUCCAUAAAACUCCUGAAGGUCUAGGAAACAUGGAGCAGAUUCAACCUGAAGGGAUAGUUGGAAGCAUGGAGCAUCCAGUGGGAAUUCUAGAAACAGGAGCUAAUAUGGAAACGGUCAGGAAAAUUCACACUAAUGAAGAGGACCAACACAUUGAAGGUGAGACAGGAGAAAAAGUUGAAACAGAGAUGGAGGAUGAGAAAGUAAGUGAAGGGACUGGAACAAAAGAAGAAGAAACAGGGGAAGCUGUGGACCUUUCAGCAGCCAUGUAG